AUGUUCCACGCGAGAAUCGUCGCGACAUCGAGCCGCCUUCUCGAAACUUGGCCGUUCGCGCGUCCCCGUGGAGUCGCCGCCACGCAUGGGACGUCAAGACGCACGGUGGGCGAUCGCGCCCUCAAUCGCGGUCAGGUGUCGCGCGCGGUUAUGCGCGAGAAUUACUUGAGAAUGCUUGAGAAGUGCAAGUCGAAGAAACUGCCGCAAGAUGUAAAUCCCAAGGGCGUGUUUGCUUGCAACGAGCUCGACUUAAAGGAAGUCCAAGUCUACGGAUUUGAUUAUGAUUACACACUGGCCUGUUACAAACCCUCCAUGGACUAUUUGCUUUACAAUCUGGGACGUGACAUGCUCAUUAAAAGAUAUAAGUAUCCAGAGGAAAUUGCCAAUCUGGAGUACAGAGAAAAUUUCGCCGUCCGCGGCCUCCAUUACGACAUCGAAAAGGGUCUUCUGCUGAAGCUCGACAGUUUCUUACAAAUUCAAUUGGGCGCCGUUUACCGGGGCUUGCAUCCCGUGCCCGACGAGGAGGUCUUACGAAUCUACAAGAACAGGAUAAUACCGAUAGCUUAUGUGGAGGCACCCCAUAAACACUCCCACGAUGCUUUACAUCGAUCGAAAAUGGUUCAAUUAGCCGAUUUGUUUUCGGUACCGGAAAUGGGUCUAUUGUGUAACGUUACGGAAUAUUUUUUACAAAAUCACAUCGAUUACCAUCCGGAAAUACUAUUCAGAGACGUUAAAAAUUCCGUGCAAAGCUGCCAUCCUAUAAUGCAUCAGUUAGUAGUAGAAAAUGUGUCCGAAUAUCUGGAACAGAAUAAAGAUUUGAGGAGAUUUUUCGAUCGACUUCAAAAAGUUGGCAAAAAGACGUUUCUAGUUACAAACAGUCCUUUUCACUUUGUUAACAAUGGUAUGAAGUUUUUGGUCGGUGAAAAUUGGAAGGAUUACUUUGAUGUGGUGAUCGUUCAAGCGAGAAAACCAAGAUUUUUCACUGAAGAAACACGCCCCUUAAGAAUCUACGACGAAGCUAAACAAACACAAUUAUGGGAUCGAGUCACUAAACUGAACAAGGGUGUUAUAUAUCUCGAGGGAACAGUUAAACAAUUGCAAGAUAUGACCGGAUGGCGGGGACAUCAAGUAUUAUACUUUGGCGAUCAUCCAUACAGUGACUUGGCAGAUGUAACCUUGGAGCAUGGCUGGCGAACAGGAGCGAUAAUAAAAGAAUUGACGCACGAAAUCGAAACUUUGAACGAUCCAAAGUUCAAAGAGAACGCAAACUGGCUCCAGAUGUUAACCGGUCUAAUUGAAGAACACCAGGAUUACGAAGGACCUGAAGUGCAAGAUGAGCUGGACGAAUGGAUGAGAGAACGGGAUCAAUUAAGAAAUGAAAUUAAAUCUGUUUUCAACGAACAAUUCGGCUCGGUAUUCAGAACAUAUCACAAUCCGACUUAUUUCUCCAGAAGACUAUUUAGAUUCGCCGAUAUUUACAUGAGCUCGAUCACGAAUCUUUUAGAAUAUUCCACAAGUCAUACGUUUUAUCCUAGAAGAGGUGUAAUGCCUCACGAAUAUACUAGUUACUUUGUAUAAUGUGUCCAUAUUUUUAGAAAUAUUUGUUAUUUUUUAAUGCUUAGCGUUUUUGGAGCGUUUAAUCAAAAUAUUUCGCGUUAGGAAAUAGUAUUUUCGAUUAUAAGAGAAGCGCUGAUAUAUUUGAUGUCAUGUAAAAAUUGAGAAUAGAAGAUGAAAAUAGAGAAUUAUUAGUUCCGCGCAAAAUACUUCCGCCUUAUUAUUAGAUAUGCAUACAAAAUUUAUAUGUACAUGCAAUGUAAUUCUAUAUCGAUCAACGUUAAUACGCUUUUACAGCUGCGUAGUUACAGGUAAUCUGCAUUGAAAUGUAAUGUAUGUAAACACAAUCAAACGGACGGGCAUAUAGAUCACGAAGGCUCUUACGUUAUUAUUAUUACCAUGACAAUAGCUGUAUUAUGUAAAAUGAAGUGAUAUCGCGUUAUAAGAAGUAAAAUGCAUUGAAAACAGUGUGAACGUCGAGCAGCUAUAUGCGAAGUAAUACUGAGCUGUGAAACUCGUUGAAUAUUUUAAGAAUUACUAAUUAGAAUUUAUUUUUUGUAAAUUAUGUAAAAAAGAAGAGAGAAUGUGCGCUUUUGCACAAUUUGAAUGAAAUACAAUUUUGAAGAAGAUGCCAAUUUAGAACAUGUCGAUACUCAAUUAUUUUUGCAAUGAGAUUAAUAUUAACUGUUAAAGCAUAAUAAAUUAAAAAUGAGUUUGUAAUAUACUCGUAAAUAAUGUAUUAUAAUGUAUUAUAUAUCUACAUAAACAUAAGUACAAACGUAUCACGUGCACGCAAUUCAAUUUUUAAACAGAAUUUUAAACAGAUGAAAUUGAAAAUUGCAAUUUGGUUGUUAUCAUUAACUUUCUAUAUCCAAGUUCCUCGUAAUUUUAUUUCCUUUUACAUGAAAAUAUACAUUAAAACAAUUCCUUAAAAUUUAAAUCUAUUGAUGUAAAAGGGAUUUAUUUAUUACACUCUUUACAGAAUGAUUUAACAUUCACUAUAUUAUCAAAAAUAGUUAUUAAGCUAAUCGUGUGUUCAAAAAUAUUAUUAAAUAGAAAAUACUAAAAUAUAUUUAUUCAGUAUGUUUGUAGACAAAAUGUAUUAUUGUUGUUAAAUAUAUAUCUUUAUUUUCAAUACAA